AUGAAAUUCACACGAAAAACUUGGGGGUACCCCACGGAGUCUCCAGACGACUCCAAGGCAGGUCGGCGCCACUUCGGCGAAAUCUUGAGUUUCGAUCUUCACUGGGCGUCCCAGAACCUUGCCGGGCCGGAACCACAGACCGAUGUCGAUCUGGCCGAUAAUUGGAUACAAGGAACUCAGGUUCCGGCCGGAAUCGCUCUAGGGCUGGAUGAGAGUACCGAUACCAAUUCUUGA